CCCGCGAGAAGCCCUCCCGCCGACACGUCGUCAUCCUCCACCAGCACCACCCGUAUUGUGCGGCACGCUUUACCCUGACUCGCUGCACGACCACCCGCUGGGCUCUGGUAAUUCCAUCUCAUGCAGAUCCGCGCCUGCUCCCUGGCAGUAGCAUCAGCAACAGCAGUAGCAACAGCAAUUAAUACCGCCACCACUACCAGCAGCAGCAGCAGCAGCAGCAGUAGCAACAGCAGCGGUAGCAGGCGGCGUCGCCAGCUGAGCAGCACGGACCAGAAGUACAUACACGGGCAAGGGCAACGGCUACCUGGUGCCGAUGGAGGGCUACUGGCACAGCUCGCCUUUCUCGCUGCAGAUGAGCAAGUGCCCCACCUUCUCCGCCUGCGACUACACUGACCGCGCCUCCGCCAUCGGCGCCUUGCAUACCACGCAGCUGUCGGUGCGCGACGCCAACCUGCCCAUGACCUCCGACAGCGCCAUAGCCAACGUCAGCUACUACUGGUCGCUGCAGUGCUCUGCGGGCUACAUCGGCACGCUGUGCGCGCAGUGCGACACGCCAGGCUACGGCCUGCGCAGCAGCGGGCUGUGCACCAAGUGCCCCCCGCAGGGCCUGAACACGCUCUACUACUGCCUCAGCUACCUGCUCACCAUCGGGCUGCUGGUGUGGACCAUCCGCUCCACACUCACCCGCUCGCUGGGCGAAGCGCGCGCCGCCCUCAAGGUGCAGCGCCGCACUCGCAGCCUGCGCCGCCAGGCCAGCGCGGACGCGGAGGACCUACACCAUGAUGACGGGGGUGAUGAUGGCGAGGGGGCAGAGGAGGGCGAGGAGGAGGAGGUCCGUGCGGGCGGGCGGGCGGUGGCGGAGGGCGGCGUCUGCAGUACGCGUUCAGGGGGCGGCAGCGGGCACAGCAGCAGGUGCAGCGGGCACAACAGCAGUCGCGGCGGGCAGGGCGUGCUGGAGCGCGCAGCGGCGCAGGCGGCGGCGCAGCUGGAGUCGGGGGCGGCGCGGGGCGAGGAUGACGGCGGCAGCGGCGGGGACGACGGCAGGCGGGACGACGACGUGCGCGGCGUGCCCAAACGAGAGGGCUCGGUGGCGGGGAUGCUGCCGCCGGCGGCGCUGCCAGGCCGGUCGCGUGUGCCGCGCUCGGUGCGCGCGCGGGAAAGCCGGCUGGGCGGGGGCUCAGCUGCUGCGCCUGUUGGGUCUGGGGCGGUAGCUGUGGCCGGGGCAGGGGCAGGGACGGGCCCCGGCGUUCUGCCUGACAGUGCCGUGUCAGAGGACCCCACGUCAGGGUCGGACGGCGAGGGCGCGUCGGGCCAUGGCGUGCAGUCGCGGCACCGGCUCUCGCGCAUGUCGCGGGGCGAGGGCGGCGGCGGCGCCGCCGCCGCAGGCACAUCCGGGCGCAGUGCCGGCACGCCGCCCUUUGGCGGCCCCAUCGCUGAAGGCGUGGAGGCCGGCGACGGCGACGGCGCCGCGCCGCUCAGCAGCGGCAACGGCGAGCUGUGGGGGCUGCGGAAGCGCGUGCCAAAGGACAGCCGCGGCGGCUGGCGGCGCGUGGACACGGAUGCGGUGGUGGUCAGCUCCGGCGACUGGGCGGACAGGCAGCGCGGCGAUGCGGAUGAGGACGAUGAGGAGGAUGACGAGGACUGGGAGCUCGACGAAGCCAAGGACCGCUCAGGGGGCUCCCGCACCGCCAAGGGCGCCAAGGGAGGCGGCGCUGGUGCCGGCGGCGAAGGGGCGGACGGCAAGGCCGGGACGGGGCAUGCUGCUGGCGGCCUAGGGGACAUGAUGGGCGCGGGCGCGGGCCGGAUGCGCUGGGCGGCGGCGGCGCUGCGGCGGCGGCAGCGGCGGCUUAAGGCGCGGCUCAAGGCGGACGAGUCGCAGCGUGAGGAGAAGCCGCCUCACACCAUUGUGCUCAAGAUCCUGGUCAACUACCUGCAGGUGACCACUGUGGCUCGGGACCUGGACCUGGAGUACCCGGCCCUGGUGGAGCGCAUCUUCAACAUAGGCUCGCAGGCCUCCUCCGCGGUGUCCACGUUCGUGUCUCUGGACUGCUCCCUGCCCGACAACGGACUGUCCAAAGCCAUUCAGCGCACCCUUAUAAAUGUCUGCCUGCCCGGCAUCUUCGUACUGCUGUCCGUGCCGAUGUGGAUGCUGCUGUUCCUCUUCGCGGCGCGCAGCGGCCGCAAGACCGCAGCCGCGACCGACCCUCCACUUGCCCAGGGGCACGAUAGCCACACUGACGACGGCGGCGACGACCUCGCUUCUGCGAAAGAAGCCGCGAAAGCCGAGUCUGCCGCCGCCGCCUCAUCCAAGCUUGGGACGUCCACGGCGGCGGCGGUCUCUGACAAGGACGGCGGCGGCGACGGGCUGCACGGCGGCCCGGUGCGCUUCCGGCCCUACUUCGCCACACGUAUGGCGGUGACUCUCAUCGCCGUCAUUUUCUACUUCUACCCCAGCGUCACGGACGAGAUUUUAUCGGUGCUGCAGUGCAAGGAGGUGGACGCCGGCACAGGCGCGUACGCCGAGUACAGCCGAGCGAUGGGUGAGCUCGACUACGACCAGCGGGCGGGAAUCCGGGAAUUAGGCGUGCUGGGCAUGUACUGGGAGCAGGACUACGGGCUGCGCUGCUUCCGCGACAGCCACCUGGUACUGGCGCUGGUGGUGGCCAUCCCGGGCGUGGUGCUGUUCUGCGUGGGCGUGCCGGUGGCCUCCGCAGCCUUCCUGCGCCGCAACGCGCUGCGGGGGCGGCUCAACGAGCGCAAGUUCAGCGACCGAUACGGGUUCCUGUACGAGGACUACCGGCGCAGCUACUACUACUGGGAGAGCGUCAUCAUGCUCCGCAAGCUGUGUGCGGUGGGGCUGCUCAUCCUGACCAGCAGCCAGGAUGACAUCAUACAGGUGCUGUCGGUGCUAGGCGUGGUGGUGGCGGCGCUGACGGCUCAGGUGAUGUGCAAGCCGUACGUGUACGAGCGCUUCAACAAGCUGGAGCGCGCCAGCCUGGUCGCCACGUCGCUCAUCCUCUACCUCUGCUGCUUCUUCCUGGUUACCAACCUGUCCGAUACGGCACGCGAGGUGCUGUCUGUGAUCAUCGCCAUCAUCAACGUGGGCAUGCUGGUGUGGUUUGGCUACUGCCUGGCGGUGGAGGCGUGGAGGUACGCCGUGAGGGUGCUGGACGCGGACGGAGACGGCAAGGUCACCAAGGGAGAGGUGCGCAUGUUCCUGGCGCAGACGCUGGGCGCGCCGCUGGCCAAGCUGGUCAGCUGGCUGGCGCACCCCACGGCCAAGAAGCUCACCAAAGCCCAGACCGCCAAGCGGAGCAGCGGGGCUGUAGCAGGGACAGGGGCAGAGACAGGAGCCGCAGCAGGAGCAGGGGCAGGGCCAGGAGGGGCCGCGGAGUCAGGCGCUGCAGACGGCGCUGUUGCGGGCGGCCCCGGGGUGUCUGCGCCGGCUUCGCCGCUGCGGCAGGCCCUCCUGCCGCCGUCGCACCCGCCGCACCCGCCACGUGGCGGCGGCAUCCACGGUUCCGGGGCGCCAGUCAGCGAGAGCUUGGUGGCGGCGUUUGAAGUGGAGGACGACGAUGCCGCUGGCCCGAGGACCGCGGCGGCAGCGGUGGGGUUGCCUCCUCGGGGGCCGGCACCCGCUGCGCCGCCGCCUGCCAGGCAUUCUAGCGGCAGCAAGGGAAGCAGCAGCCGCGUGAGCGGCGACGGGCGGGGCGGCGGCGCGGCAGCGUCAGUGGCGCCGGUUGUGCCCAUGUCGCCGCCAGGGGCUCUGCCCGGCUCGCCGCUUGCGUCUGCCAGCAGUGGCAGCAGCAGUGAGGGCCUGCAGCGGGCUCGGCUCAGCGGCAGCGGCAACAGCAACAGCAGUGGCAUAAUGGAUGGACUGCCGGGCGGGCCCCGCAGUGGCGCCAGCCUUGGUUAGAGUGGUGCUGCAGCUAAGGCUGCUUCUUCCAUCCGCCGCGCACGACACAGUUGUGUCGCGGUGAGCGGUGUCCGCCGUCUGCACGCGCUGCAAGCAGGCAUGAUUCGGGGCUAUACUUGCUGGUCUUGGUUGACUGGGACUAAUCAACAUGCAUGCAUGGAUGGGAAGGAGGAGUGCGAAUCGGGUUUGGGCGGAAGGGUGUCAAUCGGCAGCAGCUACGAGCUGCUGCUACGACAAUAAAGCGAUGCUCCCAUGCAUCAGCACGGUGCAAUGUGAUGUUGCCGUUUGGCUUCGCACGGAGGGGUGUGCGAUGACUAGUGCACGACCGAUAGUGUGCGACGCUGAAACGUGCGUUGUGCGUGUGCCUUAUCAUCAUGAACCCCGGCAUUUCCCCUUCACUGCAUAUCGUAUGACAUGCGGAUGUUGCACUGGUUGUGUGUGUGUGCGAUGGGACAGUAUCAAGGCACUUGUUUGUGAUGCACAUAUUCUUGUAUUGGGCUCGUAAUUGGUUGGUGAUAGCUCCACCGUGGCAUAGUCGGUAUAUUUGAUGCAAGCGGCUAGGUUGAUGCCUCGUCUGUAUGCACCCCUGAUGCGGUGUGGGCCAGUAUAAGGCC